CAGCCGGACUGCGAGUAGAAGCUCAUGUGAUCCAAGUGUAAUCUGUGCAGGCAAAGCAUAACAGCUAGAGGCUGCACGGAAAAGUAGUAGAUGAUUGCACAAGUCAAAGGAUGAAUUCCUCUGUGUUAAAGUUUAUAUGGGCUGCAGCCUCUUUGCUAUGCUUGAGUGCAGCUCAUUUUGUCAGAAGCGAAACAAAGCCGAACAUUGUUAUUAUGCUCAUGGAUGACGUAAGUUACUCAAGUGUUGUAGAAAUACUUUGUCGUCUCUCAGAGUUUACAGUGUCAGUUUAUUUGGCUGGUUAUGCUUCAUAUUCUUGCAUCGCCAAACCUUGCAUCUUUUCAAUGAACUUGGUAGAGUAGGUUUUGGGACUUUAAGUUGUAAGAACGGCAAUGCUAAGGAAGACUCGAUUAGAAUUAAAAAAUGAAUCACUAUUUUUGGUUAGCAUUUAGAAAAUGGCUGCAUGAGGUUACCGUCUCCUACGCCGUUACACCUCAACCACAGUGUAACGUAUAUAAGCAGCGUUGACUUCUAACUGGAAAUUGAAAUAAUUUGUCGUUGUGGUUUCUGUUCGCAGACGACACAAAUCUUGGUGAUUUCACUUUGUAGUUUUGCAGAGGACGGCCAAGAAAUGUACAACGUUUUAAAAUGAACGUGUUAACCUAUUGUUCUGUCCAUUAGAUCUUUUGUUUUGCCUCGUCCUCGUUGCCGCUCCCUAUGUGGUUUGCCCAAGGUCCCUAUUGUACGAAGGGGGGUUUAACAGGUUUCUGCGAGAGUACAUGGGGCACCUCAGGCCUCGGGAAAUUAUAGAAUGAUCCUUUAUACUAACCCUGACUUGAACUGACCUUCAUUCUAACAUUUCUUGGUAAGUACUAAAACAAGGAACGACCUAAAACCACCUAAAACCACCUAAAACCACCUAAAACCACCUAAACCACCUACAACCACCUACAACCAUCUACAACCACCUCAAAAAUUUCAACAACCACCUACAACCACCUCAAAAACAUCUACAACCACUUGCAAACUAUCUAAAACCAUCUAAAACAAGGCAUAAAUGUCUAAAAUAAGACGAAACGACAACAUGUCACGUACACGAAAUACGAGAAUUGAACGAAACCUCUACCUCCCCCUGAAAUCUUACUCUCCCUGGUCCCAUGUAUAAUCAACCAUCUCACGAAAUGAAAUACGAUAGCAUGCUAAUUAUUUUAUAUUCCCUCAGCAAAAGACUUAAAGAACUUUACAAAAUGAACUAACAAGAUACAAAAAAUAAUAAAUAGGGAAUAAUACAUGGGCGCGCAUAGAUAUCACAAGACGUGAAUGGAAUAAUUUUAAAGUUUAAUCGCCCGGUAGAUUUAGAUGAGACAACUUACUUGUCUUAUCUGUAAUUAUCCUCUGUUUGCGCUUCUUGCAUAAUUCUCAAAGAAGAUAAUUUUGUCGUUCUUUAAGUGGUCAGUGAUUUCGAAAAUUCAAAGGUAGUGACGAUCUUUUAAGAGCCGAGGUUAGGAUACUCUAGAAAAAAAAAUAUAACGAUUAUAACGUCUUGUUCCAUUGACUGUUAAGAUGAGUUGGCAUCAUUCGCCUCACUCGCUCUAUCAUGUAAUAGAACAUGAAAUGUCCCCAUAUAUAUGAGUGGGGAAGGGAGAGCGAUCUUUUUUUUAUUUUUUUAUUUUUUAAUGGCGAUUAUCUUACUCUUGUGGGUCGCCAAAAAGCGACUUUUUGAAAAGUUGAACCUGGAGCCCUGACUGCAUCUUUUGGAGUGACAUCUAACCUCUGUCCCAGACCCUUUCUCAACUUUUUAGUUGGUUUUGAUUUUGAUUUUUGUUUUUUUCUGUUCUGUUCUGUGGAAAUAACCUAUUUUUUCAAAUCAUAAAAAUACAUGAACAUCACAACAGUUUAAUCAUUCCAUGUGGUAACUUAUAAUUAAGGAGAUAUUCGCUAUGUUCAUUAUGAAAUAGACCUAACUACAAUGGCAGCUUUGAAGAAUAGUACUGACCAGUGGUAUUCUGUCCUCUGUUUCCCAUUUCUGCAUGCAACAUCAAUUAGUUCCACUUUCAGUCAUCAUAGUUGUAUGGAUAAUAACCUGAUUUUUAGUGCGAUUUGGUGUUAAUAAGCACAAGUAAAUAUUUUUAAAGAACUGCACACAUGCAGUUUUUUUAUUUCUUGCUUAUUUUCAUUUCUUUUAUUUCUUGAUUUUUAUUUCUUGCUUAUUUCUUGCUUGCUCAUAGUGGACCUUUGUACUCAAGUUUCAGCCUAGCACUCAUGUUACCAAAAAAAAUAAGCCAAUCAGAUAGGCAUAAUUUUUUCAUGUAGUUUAUCAACUGAAUAGUUAAUAUUCAUAUUGGAAAAAAAUCUUAUUUUUUUCAUUUUAUUCUCUGUGUAUUACAGAUGGGUUGGGGUGACUUAGGUGUACUUGGUCAGCCAGCAAAAGAGACACCAAACCUUGAUAAGAUGGCUGCUGAUGGAAUGCUCUUUACAGAUUUCUAUAGUGCAAAUCCUCUUUGUUCUCCUUGUGAGUGAAACAUUCUUUUUUUUGAUGAUUCAACUGAAAGUACAUUUUACCACUGAUUGUUUAAAAUGAUCAACUCUUGUUGUUGAAACAUUUGGUCUUGGUCAUGGUCAUGGUCUAGAUUACCUAUAUACAGACAAUCACACUUAACAAUCAACUUUCAAUCACUUUUAUAUUUGUGUACAUAAAGGGAGGCCCAGUUUACAGUGCUCUGUGUUACAAGUAUUAUCAUUUGUCUUUUACCCUGUAUCUAGCUUGGAAGAUAUAUUUCUUGUGUACAUUAAAUUUUGACUCAUUAAGCUAUGCCAAGCUCUUUGUAGCUUCCAAUAAUGGCCAUAACAAUAUCAAAGGAUGCAUGAAACCAUCAAGUCUCACUGAAUCUCAUUCUUUGUUUAAAAUGUAAUUGACUGCAAAUGGGUUUCAUAUGUGAAUUUCACAAACAAUUUUUUUUUACACAUUUUGAUGAAAAUCACAAGUUUUUUCACAAAUAUUGCUUUCAGUACUGUUUUAUAUCAAGAAAUUUCCCUUUUCUAUUUACAAAAACAGCUCGUGCUGCAUUACUCACUGGACGACUUCCUAUUCGAAAUGGAUUCUACACAACUAAUGCUCAUGCUCGAAAUGGUAAGUGUCAUGGUGGCCUGAGAAUCCAAAAAUGGAUUUCUGUUAGUGUUACCUAUCCUAAGAUCUGAUUUUGGAUUCUCCUCUCUAGCUGUUUAAACACAUUUCCUUGUAAAUUAAUCACAAGAAUUUGCUGUUAUAUCAAGACAACAACUUUACCUGAUAAAUUUUGUGUAUCCUCAUUAUCUGUUUGCUGGAAAAAGUAUGGAUAUAAGUGGGAGAAGUUGCAUGUUAAUCAUUUCUGUGAGUUAUUUAGGAUUAAUGGAAGCAAAUUAUGAACACGGAAAGAGAUUAUUGAAUGCAUCCAUGUACUCCUGACCAGUGAUCUCUAUCACUCUUUCUAUGAAUGGUUGACUGUUAAAGGAUAAAUUAUCCAUUUUCCUUGAAUUUCUGUUACUAGUGAACUUCAAUUUGGAUGGUUGUGUGACAGAUCAAAUAAGAUUGACAAUUGAUUUGUUUGAUUUUCUUGAUUAAAUAUUUACAUUAGAAAGCAAUUUUUACUUUAGAAUCAGUUUAAUUUUAUAUUGAUUUUCUACUCACAAAGCUUCUGUUUGAAUUUGUUUUAAAGGGUAUACACCACAGAACAUUGUUGGUGGAAUACAAGAUAAUGAAGAUCUGUUACCUGAGUUACUUAAAUCAGAAGGAUACUACAGUAAAAUAGUGGGUAAAUGGUGAGUUACUUUUGGAUGAAAAUAAUUGAAAGAAGUGGGUAAACAAAAUUGGCAUAAAAUUGUACAUUUACUUGUGUUUUGUAGCAAUUAUUUACUUUUUCUUGUGUCUCACCUUGAAAGGCACCUUGGCCAACAGCUACAGUACUUGCCGCUAAAGCAUGGAUUUGAUGAAUGGUUUGGUGCUCCAAAUUGUCAUUUUGGUCCAUAUGAUAACAAAAAAACACCAAACAUUCCAGUAUACAAGGAUGGCAAAAUGGUUGGCAGGUUAGUCAGCCAAUCCAGUAUAAGCAUUCUGAUUUCAAGGACUUAGUAGUUUUUUUUCUGAAUUGACUUGUCUGUAAAGUUCUAUUAGGUGCUUUUCAAUUCAGUUGUACUUACAGUAUGUCCCAUUUUCGCAAUGAUUCUUAACUAAAAAAACUUGUCAAUGAACAACUGAUCAGAAACCUUCUUCCAAACUGGAUCCUUUUCCUCCUCAACUUCCCUUAAGUACUUUGAGGCUGUCAUCAAUAUUAUUUGGAUAAUUUGUAUUAAUUUAAAAUCAUUACUUGGAAGGAGUGCUAAAAGAUGAAUUUGUACAGUUUUAAAAUAAUAGCUUGGCUUGAAUUAAAGAACAAAUAAGAAUUAGUGAUCCUUAUGAUUAAUCCUUUUGUUUGAUGGUGAUGUCUUAAAAGUGUACUUCAAAAUGCCUGAUAUUUUUCUUCUCUUUUUCAGGUAUUAUCAGCAAUUUCCUAUUAACAGAAAGACUGGAGAAUCCAACUUAACUCAAAUAUACACUGAGGUAUGAGAAGCAAAAAGUCUAACUUAUAAAACUGUGCCUGUUUACCAUUAAAUAUUGAAUCAACAAGCAAUAGAAGGACACUUUCAUUCUUUAAUUUGCUGUUAUUCAGUUAGUGGAUUUCAAAUAACUCCAUCCUCUAAGGGAAAUUGAAAAUCUGUGAUUCAAGGUUUCAGAAAUUGGGUCAAAAUAUUUGGAGACAGUGAAAAUGAUGUUUAUUUUGCCCAUGCAGUGUACACUUUAACCAAAGAUUCAAGUCUGGAAACUGGUCAAGUAAAAUUGGAAUAUUUUUGAGAGGUGAAUUCAACAAGCUACGAAACUAACACAUGUUUCACUUGUUUUUCUUUUUUUUUUUUUUUUUUUUUCUUCCAGGAAGCCCUUGAUUUUAUUGAAUCACAAUCUAAAGUUAAGAGGCCAUUUUUCUUGUAUUGGGCCCCAGAUGCUACCCAUGGUCCAGUGUAUGCCUCGUCAAAAUUCCUUGGAAAUAGCCAAAGAGGACUGUUAGUAGAAUAAUUUAUAUUAAAAUUGUUACAGUUGCUGUUUCUGCAUUAGCUUGUGUAUAUUCCGUCAAAUCUUGACCAAAGUGCUACAUUCCCACAUAUAGGCGACAAAAACGCGAGAAUUUCCCACAUAUUCGGGACAUAAAGAUCUGCGAAUAACGUUUUAAAUCAUUGCUAACGCCCCUCAAAUCCCAGAGGAGGGGAAAGAGGAGGGUUGAGAUUUACCUUGCUUUACGUAUCAAGGUUCCAGGAAGAGUGAGCAAAGUCGAAAUUGUUCUUUCGGAAUCAUAUCGUGAGACGGCUUGAAAAAAGUGAACAAGCUCUACGCCAACCAGCUUUGAAUGUCACUUUAAAUUAGUUUGAUUUUGGUUAUAUUCCAUCAGGUAUGGAGAUGCUGUACGAGAACUGGACGACAGUGUCGGAAGGAUUCUACGCAAACUGGAAGAUUUAGGAAUAUCUAAAAAUACAUUUGUGUUCUUUUCAUCUGAUAAUGGAGCUGCUAUGUACUCAAAAGAUCGAGGUAGUGAGGACAUACAUCUGUUUUUUUUUAUUCUAAGUAUCAAAUAAGGUCAUAACACUUGUGUUUUCGACGAAGGUCAAAAACGCACGCUGUUGCGCAAUUUCGUAGGAAUUCAUUUCAGUGCUCAGUUAGCGUCAAUAAUAAACUGAAAGACGCACGAAUCAGCUGAAUGAAACUUUAUUUUUGUACAACAACGCCCAAAUCAAAAACAAGCCUGAAAAACCAUCAAUGGCCUAUCAGGCAAAGUUAUAAAAUUUCUUAUUUUGGCAAUCAAAAUUAAUGAAAAAUACCCUCUGUCUCAGCCAAUCAGCAUUUAGUAAUUUUUCCUCUAGGUAAUAAGUCUUACAAUUGACUGCUCUCCCGCUCAGCUUAAAUACUAAUGCAAUCAGGGCAUGUGUGGAUGAUUCUGACCGCGGUAGAAGACGUUCGUAGCUCAAAUAAAGCGUAAAGUUUGGUUCAAAGUAUCAAAUAAUUUGUCUUUCUCAGGUGGCAGCAACGGUCCGUUUCUUUGUGGCAAGGAGACAACGUUCGAGGGUGGAAUGAGAGAACCGUCCAUAGCCUGGUGGCCAGGCAAGAUAGAAGCAGGCCAGGUUUGGAAUUUCUUCAUGUAUUUAAUGGAAGAGGGUCCAUUCCUGUUUUAGUUUAUGACAACCUGUAACAUAUUUCAAUCGAAUUUGGUACAUAAAUAGUUCGACAUCUGAAAGGAACAUUAUAUUAGGGUCGUUUUGCUUACUAGGAAAUAUUUUUACAUCGUAUAAGCGAGCUUAAAAAAAGGCCCAUUUUUCUUAUUCUUCUAACUCAAGCAGGGCUUUGAAAUAGAUAAUCUAAGCCCACGGGACACAAGUCACAUUUGAAGCAAAAUAUUAUUUCCUCUGGUGUGAACAUAGGGAUGACCCCGCUCACUAUAGAGUCUCUGUUGUUCUGUGGAAGAGCGUCGGACUGCGAACCCGAAGGUCUGAAGCUCGAUUCCAAAUGGGGACUCAGAAUUGUUUCUUCCUCCCACUCUCGUGGAAAAAGGAAUUAAGCUUUUCUUUAUUACCAGAUUGUUGCUGAAAUGUUAAAACUGAUCUACUACUUUGUGUAGGUUAGUCACCAGCUGGGCACACUAAUGGAUCUGUUUACAACAGCGUUAUCGCUAGCGGGAGCAAAGUCUCAGGCUAAUAAAGUGAUCGACGGAAUUGAUCUCAGCCAGGUUCUUUUUAAUCAGAGCGUUACUGCAAGGUAAUUUAUAACAUGUUUAACUCUUAAAUCCCUAAGAGUGACUAGUGUCAAAUUUCUCCCCACAAUAUAACCCCUAAACAAAACAUUUAAGGUCACGAGAAGAAAGGGAAUGAUCACCAAGUGAAAAAAGCUCUUGAUUGUUCGACAAAUUCUCCUCGUCCGCACCUUAAGAAAUUUAUAGAGAACAUUAUAGGGAAUAUACAUACUGUUGUCAAGGUGUAAAGGGUUAUGUGCCGAUCAUUUCAAAGCUUCAACAUCCCCAAUAACGAUAUGUUAAUAUUUUCUAAAUUGUUUUGACGAACAAUUUUAACUCAUUUCUCUAAACUGUAGUGACAAUUUUGCAGAAAACUGAAAGUAUCCCACGUGCAUUACCAUGUGUUUUUGUAUUUUUCCUCAGACCUGUUUUUUUCUACCGUGGUAAUGAGAUGAUGGCAAUCAGAUAUGGCUUGUACAAGGCCCAUUAUUGGACUUGGUCUAAUAGCUGGGAAGAAUUCCAUGUAAGAUCAGUGUGAUCCUGUUUUUCCUCUUUUCAGUACAAUAUAAUCUCUUUGUGGGUCCCAUUUCCAGGAGGCACCUCUCUUGAAGAGAAACAAACUUUCCACCCUACCUUUCACCCUUAUAAACUUUGCAUUUGUCACUUUCAAUGAAUUAAAGAGACGCCGCUAACAAUGUACCUUAUUAUUUCCCUCACCUGAACAACAGUUACAAUUGUCUCAGUCUUGUAAAAUAAUGAAAAUGGAGGGUAACUAACAGCCAGAAAUAACGUUUACUAGUUAAAAAUACCAGGUCAAUUAUAUAAUUUUGCAGUUUAUGGUCGGUAGUUUCUCUUUUCUGGAUAGUUUAUCUCUAAUCUAGAGAUAUUUUAUAACUUGCGUUGGGGUACCCUGACUGGCGUUUGCCAUAAACGUUGUUUAAAAAAAUGUCAACUCUAAAUGAAGACAGUGAUUAUAUCUAGCCCUCCUCCACAUUAAAAAAAUUUGGCAAAUAUACCAUUUUACAUCAACCUUCGUCAUCAAUCAGUAGUGUCUUCAGGGAGCAAAUCUCUCACGAGCUUUCCUUUCAGAGACUGUCUUAAAAUAUUUCCUCACCUGUCUCUGUCUUGGGCCACCACGUUACACCCUCAUUUUCCCGUGCGUGAGGGAGAUUUUACCUCGAGAUCUUAAUGGUACCGGUGAUUACUUGUACUGGUGAGCUGUUGUGAUUAAAUUGCGUCGUGUCUUACGACACUUAAUGGGCUUAAAAUUUGUCUUCUUCUGAUAUCAGUCGGUUCUUUCCUUCGUAUUACAGGAAGGAGUCGACUUCUGUCCCGGUGAGAACGUGACAGGUGUUACAACUCAUGAACAAAUGAACUAUACAGCCUCUCCUGUUCUGUUUCAUUUGGGAAGAGACCCAGGGGAGAAAUAUCCCAUCAGGUACACUCAAUUCAUUCUUGUCAAAGCUGAACUGAUAGUGCAAUGGUUGAUACAUUUUAUCUAGUCGGCUUUUGUUGGCGAAAUUCGCUUCGAUUUUUUUUUUCGCGCAAAAGUGACUUAUGUAUUAAAACAAUUAUUCCAUUAACAGAUCCACUGAGCAGGAAUACAAGGAUGUCAUGAUAACCAUAAGAAAACUGGUUUCAGUGCACAAGUCUAGUUUAGUGCCUGGCGAACCUCAGUUUAACUUGUGUGAUGAAGCUGUAAUGGUACGUCAGUAUGUGUGUUUACGCAUUGAGAGUACUUUCAAUUGAGGGUUCAAAGUAAUUCGUGAUGCAUUGUUUUUAACGGCUUUACUUUGCUUUUUGAUUAUUCUUAAGAAGUACCAUUCUAUCAACCAAUCAGAUGGCAAAUUGAACCUUACGUGGACUGAGCCAUUUUUUUUCCUUUUAGAAUAUUAGACACUCAUCGCUACCGUUCACCGCCUUUUACCCAUAUAAAUCCCUACAUUUUCAUUAUUGCGGGCCAACACUACUGGACAGAUGUACUUGUGUGUCAAACUCGAACUCCCUUGUGACAGUGGUUUCAAAAGUACACCCAUUUCCCUUUACGGAACACGCGCAGUUUGACGGAAACUUAUUUUUCACUUUUGUCUUGUAGAACUGGGCGCCACCCGGAUGUGAGGAGAUCGACGAAUGCUAUAAAGGUCCAACAUCACAUCCCUACAAAUGCCCUUGGCCUCACUAAAUGGAAUACUAGUCCUUUUAUUUUUUUAGUUGGAAUUCAUGGAAGACAUCAUAUUUACGUAUUUUCCUACUUGUCAAAUUAUGCAAAUGAAGAAUUACAUGGCAGAUGAUUCUAAAAAUUUUCUUCGAAGAUGGAUAUUUUGAAUAAGACCGGAAUGGAAGAAUACUUAAUGACUCUUGAUUCACUGAUAGAUGUGGGCUCUCAUUCCCUCUCCGUCGAGAGCUUCAAGUUUAAAGUGAGCCUAACCCCUUCCCUCCCACCUUCUGGGCCAUUUAGAUAGUAUUCAGUAUAUUCGUUAUGAACAAGGAUUAAGAAGAAAAAGAGAAAAUAAAAACGGGUUGAAAACAGCGAAGGUUCAAAAUUUAGAUGCGUUUGAUAGGGGUGUUUUUUGAUAGGU